AUGUCGUGCCCCUCUGUCGAGUCGGCCAUGUAUAAGGUGGAUGGGAGGACACCCGAGAUGUACAUGGGAGACCACAAUGUUGAGAGAGGCGACGAGGCUUGGCCGGCCGCAGUAUGGCCGACAUCCUCAGAGAACAGCGGCACUCCUGAGAGAUACGACCCUCGGCAACAAGGCAAUGCAUUGAACCACUCUAGUGUGUUCACACCGGCACCUACUACGGCAGGCAGCGCUCAUCCUUAUGAAUAUAGUGGCUAUGGAAUGGGAGGCCAAUACGUGCCUUAUCUACAGCAAGGGGUUGAUAAGCGAGGGAGUGCAUACAGUGGAGUGGUGCCGGUGGAGAGUUGUCCUUCUCCUCCUCAUCAUCACACUGGUGGUGAUGGAGUGUAUAUGCCCGCGGGAUUCUUUACAUCAACACCCUUGAGCCAACAUGCAGGGAUGCAGUUUGUUCAUACGCCUGGACUUCCACAUGCAACAUGCACUGGGCAUUUUGCACCUUAUGGAGCCACACCAAUCCCUGGUGCUUAUGCUACAACUGCAGUCGCUAGUCCUCAACAGCACAUGAGAUUCGCAUGCUAUGGCAAUGCUGCCGACCGGCAUAGUUUUUAUAUGGGCUCCACGGCCGUUGGAGGUUCUAGUCCUGAUGCCAGCCCAGUAGCAGCAAUGAUGGGCAAGGCGACGAGAAGGAGGAUGUCAUUUUGCACUUGCGGCUUGCAGAAUGUCGGGGAGCCGCAGAGGGUCUCAGCGCCGAGACGAUUACCGAAGACAACCGUCGCUAGCCUGGCAGAAGAGACUAAGUUGACUCAACAAGAGGUGGAGGCCCUGUAUGACAGGUUUCUCAAGGUGGCUCCAAGUGGGCGCAUGAUGGAGGAGGACUUUCGUAAUACGUUGGGGAUACUAGGGUUGGGUUCGAGCAGCUUCAUCCCUCUACGGAUGUUCGCAGCAUUUGAUACCGACGGCGAUGGGACACUCACGUUCAAGGAGUUCGUCAACAGUCUUGCUGUUAUGCUUAGAGGCACCGACUAUGAGAAGCUGAGCUUGAGCUUCCGUAUGGCGGACGUUGGGGGUCAUGGUGGACUUACCUACAACGAGUUUAGGGACAUGAUAAUGGCGUGCCACUCUGUGACGAACCUGUUUGAAAAGGAGGAGACUAGAGAGGAGAGGCGGCUGGUCAGUGAGAGGCGUAUAAGACGGUUGUUCACUGAGCUGGCCUCUGGGAUGAGCGAGGACGGGGUUAGAGUGAUGACGGAGGAGGAUUAUAAGGAAGGUAUUCAAAACAAUAUGGACUUCCUGCAAAUGCUGGGGCUCCUGCCUAGCACGACUCCAUCCUAUAGCCACAACGCUGUGGGUGCUUCUCGUGGGCUCAGAAGUGGUAGUGAUACCAAAGUGGUUAUGCGACGAAAUGCAUCAACCCAGUCGAUAUCAGCGGACAAGCCGAUAUCAAAUGAGACUCGUUUGGAGCUCCGGAAGGAGUUGAGGGAAUUGAGGGAUAUCCUCGCCGCAUAUAUGGGAGGACAGGGGGCGUUGGGAGUUGAUGAUGAUGCUGUCCAAACGGAUGUGCCGGAAUUGUCGGUAUUGGACGUAAAGGGCGGUGUAUCGGCGUCCCAACUCAUGCCUGAGCCCUCUAGGGCUUCUCUACUAUGGUGUUGUGUCCACCCGAACGACGCUCGUGGUACAAGCAUCGAUGAUGUUGAAUUGAUGGACAUCCCUGAUGAGGAGGAGCUCACUAUUCAUCGGCCAGUGGCUCGGGUGACAGUAGCAUCCUCUGGUCCUAGUCAGCCUAGAAUAGUGGAUGUGUCCGCUAGAGUGGCCCACUUGUUGAAUAUUAUAGAUGGUAGUGGCUUGGCAGUGGACGCCUCGGUUCAUUCGGAAGGAUCAGCGAGCCCGCGGGCUAAGGGGGAGUUGGGUAUGGAUAUCCCCAAUACGCCGAGUGAUACUAAGCUCAGGGUGCCGGACUAUGGAUUUUUCCGUUCUAUGGCCAGCAUGAAUGUUGCGGCGCCUGGUGGGGAUGGCCCGGAGCACGACUCGGGGCACCACUACAGUUUGCGGCGUGGGAGCAGCAUCGAUCCGUAUCGUUCGAUUGAAGGAAUCGAUGUUGACGCUCAUUCGACGCCCCCACAGAGUAGUAGGAGACGAUUGGACCAUAAGGCUAGCCGUGUACGGCGGCUAUUGGGACCUAAGAAAGGACUAGCUGUUCAUUUUGGUCACGAGGAUUGGAACAUGGUGUUGAACAUGAUGAUCGGGCUCCGGAUAUCGGUAGGUCGCCUUGCUCAAGAAGUUGAUCGUCCGGUGUUGGAUGCGGACUUUCUAAUGAAGGAUAAAUUCUCUAUUGUGCCCAGAGUUGCGAACAUAUUUGACAGCAAAGUUUCUGACAAGGUUACAAUAACGAGGUUUAUAGACUAUGCGCCGUAUGUUUUCAAGUCCCUACGUCAGCUAUCGGGUAUAACGGAUGAGGAGUACCUUCGGAGUGUUGGGCCUGAGCAGUUGCUUGGCAAUAUGCUGCUGGGAAACCUAUCAAGUUUGGCGGAGCUCUCGACCGAGGGGAAGUCAGGCGCGUUCUUCUAUUACACUUCGGAUGGUCAGUUUUUGUUGAAGACUGUUUCGGCUCGAGAGAAGAAGUUACUCAAGCGAAUGCUGCCUGAUUAUUAUUCCCAUAUAUCGCAGCAUGCUGGGACCAGUCUUAUCUGCCGUUUCUUCGGUCUGCAUGGUUUACGACUCAAGCACGCGAAUGAGUUCACGGGCGGGCAGAGUAACGAGCGUCAUUCGAAGAUGUAUUUCGUGGUGAUGGGGAAUAUGUUCAACGCUAAUGUUGAAAUGCACCGGCGUUUUGAUUUGAAGGGAAGUUGGAUCGGUCGGUCGACCGAGGGAUUCGAUCAACCAGGCUUUGAUAAGAGUGUUGCAUUGAAGGAUACGGAUUUUGAGAGCCUCGGGCUGAAGAUAAGGAUUGGCGAGACCUCACGGGCUGCCUUAUUGGACCAGAUUCGCCGAGAUUGUGAAUUUUUCGCGCGCCACAAUAUUAUCGACUACUCAAUGCUCUUGGGAAUUCAUGAGAACAGUUCAGCGGAGAUGUCCGUAAAGCGUCAGAAUACUGGAGGCAACGGACUUGAUGGGGAGACCCGACUCGCGCAGGGACGAAAGUAUCGAAGUUCUACUGUAUUCGACGCAGUUGAUGGUAGUUGUAAGUACUUCCUCGGUAUGAUUGAUAUUCUCACCGAGUAUGACACUAAGAAGAAGGCUGAGAGGCUGUUGAAGGCCAUAAGGUAUCCUUCGGGAGGCGUAUCGUGUGCCCCACCAGAGACAUAUGCCCAACGGUUUUAUCAAUUUUUCGAGUCCAACAUUACCUAAGUUGCCUGCUGCAUGCAUCUAGCUUGACCGUCUUCCGCAUUCAUCCGUAACUGUCCAUUACGUUAGUGUUUUCCUU